AUUAUGUUAAAAUUUAAUGUUUUUCCUUAACUGACUCACUGUACGUCUAACCUGUUUCUCGUGCACUGCUGGUGUCGCCUCGCCAGUGCCGUGCGCGUGCACGUAUCAUAACCGGAAAUGUACUCAUCAUCGUCUACGGGACGGGAUUAGGCAAUAUGAUGAGACACGUCUCCUGAAAGGAAUAACGCCCCUGAUCUCAAGAGUAACGUUAGCUGUUCUCGAUGCAGUGGAAGAUGUUGGCACAUGAGAUUGCUCAACGCUCGUAAGAAAAGCCUUAAACAUCAAAGAACAGGACAAACACUGUGAUGAUUCUCAUCGGAUCACUCUGUAAGACAUCUGCUAAAGUCUAAGAUCAUUGUAAUUCUUGCUAAAAUAAAGUCUUGAUCUACAUCGUCAACACCAUGGUGGACAACCGUUAUGCCACAGCUCUGGUCAUUGGUUCUGUGCUGAGCCUGCUCGCUUGUGUUUACCUUUCUGUCGCCAUUGGAACACAGCACUGGUACCAGUACCACAGCCAGCCGGCUAGCAACGAUGCCAACAAUGGUUCGGAUCUGCAACACAUGCGACAAAACUUUGAAGAUGAGGAUGUGGACGAGCAUAACUACAGUAUAGCACUCUUUAGGCUUAAUGGCACUCUUGGGCUUUGGUGGCGCUGUAUACUGGUGCCCCAAAAUAACAAGGACCUCGAUCCAGAAGUGACUAAAUGUCAGGCCUUUACUUUGACCCAGCAGUGGGAGUCCAAGUACAUAUGGCCUGGAAAUGUUAACAGUGGUGAAGAUCUAAUUCGUACCUGCCUGUGGAAGUGUCAGUUCUUGUUCCCGCUGGUGUCUGUGGGGCUGGUGUUUCUGGCUGCAUUGAUCGGAGUGUUUGCUUGUUUGUGCCGCAGUCUCACGCCCACCUUAUUUGUAGGGCUGCUGCAUCUGCUGGCUGGCCUUUGUUCCUUGGCAACGGUAUGCUGUUUUCUUGGGGGUGUGCACCUGCUACACGAAAGAUCCGAAUUGCCAGAGGGUAUGGACUAUUCUCUGGGAUGGUCUUUGUUUUUGGCCCUGGUCUCUUCUCCGCUGCAAAUAAUGGCCGCUGCACUCUUCAUAUGGGCUGCCAGGAGCCAUCGCCAAAACUACACUCGUAUGACAGCCUAUAGAGUUGCCUAGGCAACAGAGAACUGACUAAUAUUGCUGAAGUGUACGUGCGCUCCCACAUGCACAUGCCCAUGUUUUCUAUAGCAACUGCUUUACCACUAAACCAGCUGAUUUUUCUAGAUGGAAACAGUCAGAAUACACUCCUCACCGUGAGUGAAACUAAUGUGGCGUCCACUUCAAGGAUUCAGCUUAUGAAUAUUUUCAUCACAUGAAGGAUUUUUCUGUUAUACAACUUUCUAACCACUCGAUUUAACUUUUCUCCAACGGCCAAUUAAAGUCUCUCUUUAUUAUCGGCUGAGAAAGCACAUCUAUACAAUUUUCAACCUGAUGAUUAAACUCGCAGGCAUUUAUUUUUUAUUGCCAACCAACCCUGAGGUUAUAUUAUCAUCUGUUUCGAGAUUUUUGUUUGGUCUUGUUUUGAGCUUUCUACGUAACAGCCCUGUGUUUUUAGUUAGCCCCUUGUUGUAGCCAUUCACUUUUUUCAAAGAGAUUGUGAAUUUAUGCUUUGGGGUCCUGAGGUUCAGGAAGGUUUUGUCUUGAAUGUUUGUAUCUGCCAUGAGCAUUAACCACUAAAGCUGAAGGCUUUUCCUAAAUAUUUGUUGUGGUUAUUUAUUGUUUUUCUUUCGCAUUGCAUUUGAUUAUGCUGUUUUGUUUACUAUUAUCUUUUUUUAGAUUUUUUUAGAAUGUAUUUCAUCAUAUAAUAAAUCAUCAUAAGUUAAA